AUGGCAGCAGGCUACGUUCCCGUUGAUGAAAAUGACGGUGACACUGAUAGUAUACGCUCAACACACGUAACUCAAUGCGAAGAUACCAUCGAACAAGGCUAUGAAAACAUCCCCGUAUCUGCAUCUGUGUUAAUCGGCUCAGGGAUCUCGCUCCACCCCGAUUACCGCCACGGAUCACCUUCGAGUCGUGUGGAUAGGGAGAGCAGCCUCCCAUACUCCGGCGAAAGUGACAGUCUUUUAUACUUAGAGCACCAUCCCACAGUACCGCAACAGCAUGGUUGGGCUUCUCUGUGGCUGGCCUAUCAAUCGAUCGGCGCCAUAUAUGGAGAUAUCGGAACCAGCCCGUUAUACGUCUUUUCAGCGACAUUCUCAACCCAGCCGGUACUGAUUGAUUUGAUUGGAGCCUUGUCACUUAUUAUAUGGGCUUUGUUGCUUAUUGCAACUGUCAAAUAUGUUGGAAUAGUGCUCUGUGCAAAUGAUAAUGGAGAGGGAGGGUCCUUUGCCCUCCUUUCUAUAAUUCGAAAACAUGUACAACUUGAUUGGCGUGAUUCCAAAGCUAAGGUUGAGGAUAAGUGGAAGGGUGGAAAGGGCUUCAAUGCAUAUGUUAAAAGAUGGCUAAUGAAUAGCCCUGCUGCUAAACGCAUGAUUACUAUUCUCGCUGUAUUAGGUGUCUGCAUGGUCAUGUCAGAUAGCGUUUUGACACCGGCACAGUCCAUUCUCGGUGCUGUUCAAGGUAUCCAAAUCGCAGCACCAGACACCUCAUCCCAUACUAUCGUGGGUAUCGCUUGUGCCCUAAUAGUCAUCCUCUUUGCACUCCAACCGAUAGGAACAUCGAAGCUGAGCAACUAUUUUGCUCCCGUUGUCACGAUCUGGCUACUAUGCAAUACGUCCUUUGGCCUCCUUAAUCUGGUGUGGUACGACUAUUCUGUUUUGAAAGCCUUUUCUCCAACGUAUGCUAUCUCAUUCCUGCUCCGUAAUGGAUUCGCAGGCUGGAAAUCACUCGGCGGUGUCCUCCUGGCCUUUACAGGCGUUGAAGCACUGUUUGCCGAUCUCGGUGCAUUCUCAGCAAAGGCUAUCCGAGUCUCGUGGCUCUGUUUCGCUUUGCCAUGUUUGUUGAUUAUAUACAGCGGCCAAGCUGCGUAUAUCAGCGAACAUUUAGACGCCUUUGAAAACCCAUUGUUCAAGUCGGUUCCUCUAGGCUUAUAUUGGCCCACUUUAGUGCUAUCCAUGAUAACAUCAAUUAUUGCCUCACAAGCAAUGCUUACUGGUAGUUUUCAACUGAUAUCACAAGCUGUUCGUCUGGGGUAUCUUCCAAAGCUUACACGUGUGCACACAUCAAAGCGAAUAACUAGUCAGAUAUAUAUACCAUUGGCCAACUGGUCCAUGAUGGCCUGCGCCCUUGCGGUUACUAUUGUUUAUCAGAAUACAACGAGACUGGGCAAUGCUUAUGGAGUAUGUGUAGUUGGCGUUAGUUUUAUUACAACAUGGCUGGUGACGCUGGUUGCUAUUGUUGUUUGGAACGUCCAUUUCCUCAUCGUGAUCCCGAUAUCACUGUUCAUAGGAUUUGUUGAUGUUCUAUUCCUCUCUGCUGCCCUGGUCAAGGUCCCGUCGGGUGGAUGGUUCACGCUCGUCUUAGCUGCAGUUCUGACAACUACCCUUCUAGUCUGGAGCUAUGGCGAAGGGUCCAAGUGGGCUGCACGGAAGGACGAGAGGGUAUCCCAAGCAAUAAUAUAUCCAAACCCGGAUGGCCAGCUGAUGCUGUGUGAUGAAAAUGCAGACCAACUUGUCAAGAGGAUAAAAGGGAUUGGGGUGUUUCUCACCGACCACGACGCCGGAUCUCCUUCGGUAUUUAAACAUUUCGUCCACAAGUUUGAAUCCAUGCAUGACAUAUCCAUCCUUCUCCAUGUUAAGCGUGCCCUGAGAUACACAAUAGCCGACGACCGCCGAUUCACUUUAAGGCAAACAGGAAUCCAGGGGUUAUUCCACGUUACUUUGCAAUACGGCUACGGGGAUAUCGUCUCUUGGAACUUUUUUGAAAGAGAUAUACUCAAUGAACUGGGAUCCGUCACCCCUCCCCACCGCGACGGCCAGGACGUCGAGUCCCCCUCGAUCACUUUCUCCCCUCUCACGCAGGAAUCAUCCACUAUGAUCCCACUCACCAAGCGAUCCUCCACAACGAAAUCCAUCACAUAUAUAGUUGGGAAGGACAAGCUAUACCUCCUUCCAACCUCGAACCUGAUCCGCCGUGUAUUUUUAUGGGCAUUUAUCCGCCUCAAGAACCGUGAGAAGACAAAACUAGAUCAUUUGAAUGUGCCGGUGGAUAGGUUGCUGGAAAUUAAAUUUUCAAAGGGAAUAUAG